AUGGCAGACUCGAUUGAAAAGGAUUUCAAGAUUAUUGCCACAAAACGAAACAUCAACUCACCAUUCACCGAAUUACCAUUCAAUCACAAAUUAAUCAUUGACUCUUUAUAUAUAUCACGGAUAGCAGAUCACUCAUAUUCCUUAACGAAAGUUUGUUUGAAGUUACCAUACUAUGGAAUAAAUAAAUAUAAAUUAUUGGGUUUAUUAUAUGAAUAUCUCCCCGCCUUUCCAACAGACAGCCGUGUUGAAAUUAUCGACUAUUUGAUAAACGACAAUUUUCAUUUUUUCUUUGCCCAUUGGUCAGAUGUAGUCAGAGAUUUUUAUCACCAUUUGAUUAUAUAUAGAAUUACACUUGCUUGGGUCCGAGAUAUUUACAACAAAACGAUCCCAAAAGCACUUGAUGCGAUUUACAAAUCACGAAUUACAAAACGAUUUGUUCCCCUCGACGAAGAUACAAAAAACGUUCUUAAAAUCAGAGAAAACGUCCAUAUCUUAGAGAAAACGAUUGACACGUUCCCGAAAACACAACAAACAAUCUUGAAAAACUCGGCGUUUUGUUUUCGGGAAAUGUCAAAAAAAGCUCAGAAGUGGAUGAAUGGAAAAAGGUCCGUUUUGGACGUCCCAGAACUGAUAUUUCCUUUCAAGGAUUUGUCUGUUGACUAA